AUGGUGUCCUUCCAAAAACCGAGGGAAAUCACGGCGGCGGUCGAAGUGGACUUCGGCGCCGGCCCCUACGAGCGCGUGGACAUCCGGUACGGCGAGGACCCCGUCAAGCUCGCGAGGCAAUUCUGCCAGGACAAGGGGUUCUCGCAGACGAUCAUGAUGCCCCUGGCGGUCAAGCUCGCGCAGGCGCUCGACAAGGCCAAGCGCCAGGCCGCGGACAUCGCCAAGACCGGUCCGAAGGUGGCGCACAGUAAGAUCAACUCCGCGAGGCAGAAGGCGAAGGCGGAGGAGGAGCGGAGGCUGAAGGAGGAGAUGGCCGCGAAGCUCUUCAAGCGAUUGGACCAAAACGGCGACGGCGACGUGAGCAUCGCCGAGCUUCAGGAGGCUCUGCUGAAGUCGUCGGAGACGGUCCGCGCGCUCGGGUUGACCUCCAUCAUCGUCUUCGACCCCAAGACGGACAAGAUGGUGGUUCAGCGGGCGGCGUUGACCGAGUUUCUGCAGCGUUGGGACAAGGACGGCAACGGCGUCCUGUCCAAGGCGGAGUUUAGCCGAAUGUUCCAGCUCAAGGACAAGCCCAAGGGGAAGAAGUACAGCGCCUUCUCGUCCACAAACUACCGCGAGUACGACCGCGAUAAGAUGGAGGAGGAGGAAGCCAGGCAGCUGCAGCGCGAGCGGUUCGCGCUGCGCAAAUACGGCAAGGAUGGCCUCAUCCUCGACGACUGGGUCAAGCACGUCACCUCCAAACCGAAGAAGUUCAUCUUCGGCGCCGGGCCCGGAAAGCGCAAGGAGUUCGAGGAGGACAUCCAGAAGCUUCGAGAAAGAAACAAGGAGCGGUACCCCGACGAGAUCCAGCCCCCUGGUCAGGUGUUCGAUAAGCUCUACACCAAGGCGAUGGAGAAGAAGGAGCGCGAGAGGGAGAUUGAGAAGCAAAAGGAGGAGAGCGAGAAGAUCGCGGCUCAAGCCGCCAAGACGGCGCGCAAGAGCGUCAUGUCCAAGGUUUCCCGCGAGCUCAUGCGCAACCGCACCGCGGGCGAGUACUCCUCCUACAACGAGCGCCUCUACGCCGAAGCCUCGCAGCGAUCGGAGGCGAGGAAGGAGAUGGCGCGUCGAGCUCGAGAGGAACGCGAGAGAGAGGAGCUGCGGGAGGUGACGAUGCAACCCGAGAUUUCCGCCUACGCCAAGCACCUCAAGCGCCCGGAGGCUGCGUGGGAGAAGCUAGGGGACGGCACCAAGGUUCGCGAGAAGUACGGCAAGCUCGCGGAGAUCAAGAUGGAGAUGGAGAAGAAGGAGCUUCGCGACUGCACGUUUCGACCAAAGAUCAACGCAAAGUCCAAGGAGAUGAUGCGCGGCCGACUGGACAACCUCCGCGACCGCGGCCUCAACCAUCACGACCAGCUGUACUUCGACGCGAACCGCCGCCAGAUGCGCCAGGAGGAGUACGAGGCGUGGAAGGCGCAGGAGCACACCUUCCACCCAAACGCCCAUCGCGUGGCGGAGGAGCAGGGCAUCGCGGGCGGCGGCGGCGGCGACGACUCGGAGAACGCGCCGGGUCCGUUUCACGCGCCCACCGUGAACCACGAUCGCGUCGUGCAGCGGCUGCAGGCGUCCGCGGUUCGCAGCGAGCAGCACAGGGAGAGGCUGGCGGACGAGAUGUACGGCAAGCUCGGCAAGCCGCAGACGGGGCGGGCGCCCCAGUUUCCCAGAAACCCGGCGAACAUGCCCAUCCACGACUUGCUCUACGCCAACAGAUCCGAGUUUGACGAUAAGCGCGAGCUGCUUCGCAUGCGCGACGACGAGCGCCUCAAGGAGGAGGCGAGCGCGGUUCUCAAGAGCGAGCGGAGCAGGGAUCUCGCGGCGGCGCUCAGGCGCAGGAAGCUCCGUCGCAUAUUCCGCGCUCUCGACUCAGAUGGCCGCGGCGUCGUCGACCUCGCGGCUCUGGUCAAGGCGGGCGGAUGGGAGCACCGGCUGCUCAAGACGGGCGGCGGCGACUCCCCCGGGAAGCACGGCGAGCUCAGCAAGGAGCACAGCGUGGACAGCGUCUCCCACGGCUCCCACGGCUCCGUGCUGACCAGGGGCGGGCAGCGCGACGAGGUGUCCGAGCACGACGUCAAGCAGAUGAAGGAGGACGUCGAGGCCACCGCCGCGAAGCUCGGCGACGGUCCCGUCGACGUCGAGAAGUUCGUGGAGGGAAUGGAGGCGCACCUGGCGAAGACCAGGACCGGCCCCAGGGCCUACCUCGCGCAGAAGUCUGGGUACAGGGCGCUCAAGGCGGAGCAGGCUGUCGCCGCCGCUGAGCUCGCGGAGAAGAAGGGUGCGGAGGACGCCAAGAUUGGCGUAUCGCUCGAGCGCACCAAGAAGCUCGCCGAGGCGAGGCAGCGCAAGCUCGGCUGGGACCAGAACACCCCGUACUACGAGAAGCUCAUCGCGGAGGGCCAACGAUCGAAGCAGAAGCUCGAGCAGCUCGCCGCGGAGAUUGAGGCGGAGCAGAUGUCCAAGUACACGUUCCAACCCGAAACGCUCAAGUUUAAGAUGCCGGGCGGGUCGACGCCGAGGCCGAGAUCCGCGCGCGUCAGCGACGCGUACUCGGCGGGCGGAACCGGGUUCGUGGGCGACCUCAUGCGCCCCCCGACGCAAGAGCGCACCGGCGAGGAGAGGUACGCGGACCUGGAGCGGGAGCUCGAGGCGGUGCUGGCGCUGGGUGAGGGGCGAGGCGGCGGCGGCGGCGCGGAGGAGCUGCUCGCGGCGCUGGGUCCCGACGGGUCCGUCGGGGCGGCGUCGCCGUCGCCGAGGGGCCGACUGCCGCAGCUGGAGUCCUCCGACUCGGAGGAGGAGGAGGAGGAGGAGUGAGCGAUUCGUAUGCGAGGGGUAUUCCCAAACGUCACGCGCAAAUGCAGUCUCGGAAAUGAUCCGCCGCGAAGGGACUGGACGAAACGAUUCGUCGCAUUCUACAUAAGAGAUAUUCAAUUCAACGAGCGUCUUUUGCUAAGUGUUACGAAUACAGCGAGCGAGUCACGACGAGAGCGUCGGC